AUGGCACUUCAUCCAUCUACUCUGGAGUCAAUCCCAGAGAAUGAAGCAAUCAUCCUGGUCUCUGACUACGAAGUAGUAUUGAAUCUCCAACCCAAAUCAUCUUUCUCCAUUUGGAAAUGCUCUCACCCGGACUGCAUUGCAUACCCAUAUGCCAAGAGAGCCAUUUACUGCCGAAUAGUGCAGCGGCCUUUCUGGGCACUCAUUUUCAUUAUUGGCAUCCUCAAUCUCCUCACCGUUGUGUUGCAAGGCCUUGGUUAUAUCAUUCGACACGAUCGGGGGUUGGGUAUCUUCCCCGGUGAACGUCCUAGAUUUUCAACGUGGUUUACCCACGGUGUCGACCCCAUACCAUGUCACUCGCACAAUGAUUAUUGGCGCCGUGUUCCACUACGAUCGGCACUGCGUGCAGGAUGUACCAGCGUCGAGGUUGACGUUUGGCCGUGGGGAAAUGACAUUCUAGUUGGUCAUUCGCGUGUCACAGUCCUUCGGGGAACAUUGCAGAGCCUGUAUUUUGACCCCCUGCUGGAGAUGCUCGACGCACACAAUGCACCUUCUCGUAACUGGCCGAAAGUCAUGGAUCAGGAGAUAGUUGGGGUAUUUUCCAACGACCCAGAACAGACUCUGACUUUGAUGAUUGAUUUCAAAACCGACGCCGAGCAGCUCUGGCCUCUACUUGUCGAACAACUGAGCCCGUUUCGUGAAAAGGGCUACCUGACUCACUUCAAUGGCUCGGAUGUUGUCUACGGCCCAAUUACUAUUGUCGCCAGUGGAGACGCGCCUUUUCAUUUGAUAUUGGAGGAUGCGACCUACCGCGACAUCUUCUUUGAUGCCCCUCUUGACAGAUUGACAUUUCCGACCGAAAUAGCGGCAGAUGUCAACAGCCCAAUGGAUUCCACCUAUAACCCAUCCAACAGUUACUACGCCUCAGCAGACUUCCGCAAGACUAUCGGGUCUCUUUCUCUUAACCGUUUAUCGGAUGUUCAGCUCGCUACUCUUCGGAGUCAAAUACAUGCAGCCCACAAAUUGGGAUUGAAGGUACGAUAUUGGGGAACUCCAACCUGGCCGGUGGAACUACGAAACCAUGUCUGGAGUGUACUUGUGCGUGAGGGUGUGGACGUGAUAAACACAGAUGACCUGCGUGGUGCAACUAAACAGGACUGGAAGUCUCACCACUGGUGGAAUUGGUAG